AAGCUGUCUAAGCGAAAAACUAAAUAAAAAAUAUAAAUACAAAGAAAAAGAAAAUACAAACAUUUAAAUAUUAACAAUUAUACUUAAAUGAGACCGUCAAUUAUACUAUCAUUAUUUGCGGUAGCCACAUCGAUCCACGCGACUGUUCUUCCACAAGACAUUGUGAAUGAGAUUCAGAUUCGAAGCAAUCAUGAAACGUCAGUCGAAGAGUUGAAUUUUGAUGUAGCAGCAAAUAAUGUAGAUGAAGAGGAUGAAGAAAAAGAAGAAGAAGAAUAUAAUAUACAAAGUGAAGCUUUUGAUGAAAAUGUCAGCGAUAUCAGUGUUUUUACUGGUGAAGAUCAACUUGAAAAGAGAAAAGGUGGAGGUGGAGGUGGAGGGCAUUCGUCUGGUGGUGGACGUUCUGGAGGAUCGUCAUCAUCAUCAUCGUCAUCAUCGUCUGGAGGUGGAAGUAGUGGAGGAUCAUCAGGAUCAUCAGGAUCGUCGGGAUCUUCUGGAGGUGGUAGCAGUGGAGGAUCAUCUGGAUCAUCUGGCUCUUCGGGUUCAUCAGGUGGUGGUGUAAGUGGUGGAUCAUCUGGAUCAUCUGGUCAAUCAGGAGCUUCUGGUGGUGGUGUUUCAUCUAGUGGUGGAACUAGUGGUGGAACUUCUGGAUCCAACUCUGGAUCAUCUGGAUCUAACUCUGGAUCAUCUGGAUCUAACUCUGGAUCUUCCUCCGGAAGUAACAUUGCACCCGCUGUCGUUGGUGGUGUUGCAGGUGGUGCCGCAGGAGCUGCUAUUGCCUCUAGUGGUCAUAGUGGUUCAGGAUCCAGAUCAAACUCUACUUCCUCUUCAGCCAAGAAGUCCUCUGCUAGUUCAAUCUCUUCUAUGAACUACAAGAAAAUCAUCCUUUAUGUUUUUGCAUGCAUUGUAAUUUGUUUUGCCUGAUUCGAUGAUUAGUAUUUAAUUGUUUAAUUUAAAUAAAAUAAGUUUAUUAUGAA